AUGAUACAAAUCAAUAUUGCGAUUAAUGGACCAACAGUAUCUGGUAAAACAACUGUUGGAAAAUUUAUAGCAGAAAAACUUCAAUAUCAAUUUAUUAAUACUAGAAUUUUUUAUCGUUAUUUGGGAUAUUUAAGUUAUCAGCAAUUAAAUAAUACCUCAGUAUAUAAUAUACUUGAAAUUUUUAAUAAUAAUUUAAAACUCAACUAUUCUUUUAAUAAUAUUACUAAAAUAAUCAACAAUCUUAAUGAAGAAGAUUAUUACUUAAUCGGAAGACAAGGUUCGAAACUAUCAGAAAAUCAAGAUAUGCGUCAGUUAAUCAAUCAACAUAUUCGUCAAAUAACAAAUGGAAAAGGAUUUGUUGUCAUUGGUAGAGAUGUGAUUUUUAAUAUUCUACCUGAUGCUGAAGUUAAAAUUGUUUUAUUUGCAAAUUUAGAUACUAGAGUUUUAAGAUGA